GCCGCUGCUGCUGUUGCUGUAAAGGCGGACUCGGGACUCCUGGAAAGAAGAAGAAGAAGGAGGAAUAUUUCUGGAUCUGGUUCAUCUUUGCAGGUGCAGUAGAAUAAGCUGUCCGUGCAGAAACCAGGAAAUCAACAUGAGCACUCUCUCCACUGAUAGGAAACCGCUUGUGGACUAUGGUGUUCAGAUUCGCUUCAUCAAGGAUCUCCACGAUACAGGCGGAGGUUAUCCUGAUAAAUCCAAAGCAAACCAGAGUGCAACUCCUCCCUCCAAUAAAUACGGGGUGGCAGUGCGGGUUCAGGGAAUCUCUGGGCAGCCUUAUGUGGUCCUGAAAGAUGGUGAGAAAGGUGACUCGUAUGGCGUUCAGCUAAACACUCCAACCCCAAGCUCAGGCCCCCCCUCACCCUACAACAGUCUCCCCAAAAGCAAAGAACCAGCAGAAUUCACAAACCCCUAUGGCACUGCUAUAAAUAAGGCUCGCUCCCCUGUUUCUCCACCCGAGGAUGAGGAUGGGGAGAUUUUUGGGAGCCCUCUUAAAAGACCACCAGGGGACGGGCAAGCAGGAACUCAAGGGGAGGAGGAGGGCGGGACUGGCAGAGGAGGACAGGUGGAAAGGUCAAAAUCUGAACCCCAACUCAAAGCAACAGCCAAUGAAGAAGAGAAAAAUAGAGAUCGGACUAGUAAUGAGGAGUAUAAUGAAGCAGGGUUAAAACCUGUCAAAAUAAACAGUGUGGGACCCCAAAGGGCCAAACAAAACGGAACAGGUUUCACCGGCUCUCUGGGACGGUACAGUGGAAAAAAAUAUAAUACUGCUUCCCCUUUAGAGUCGUUCCUUGAACCUCCAACUGCAAAUGAUGAGAAUCCUGCCCCAGUAAUCGACACCAACUCGCUGGCUCCCAUCAACAAGCUCAUCAACAAGUUCAACAGUGGAACGCCAGGAAGCGCCCCUCAGACCAGAGGCCGCCCCGGAGCGAGGCAGCGGCUCAGAUUUGACGAACGCCGGAGGUCCAGAAGUCUUGAUGCCCGAAAAGAUGUUCAGCCUGAGGUUUCCCUUCCCUCUCCUCCCUCUCCGACUAUAAAUCCCUACGCUUGUCCUCUGUCUUCCUCCUCCAAUGUGUUGGCGUCAUCUACCCCGGCGAGCGGUAGCCUGGGAAGGAGCCCUGCAUCUGUUGUCAAGGUGACAGCACAAGAGGCCCCCAAGCCGAGCUUCAAGUCACCAGGGAAGUUUGUUGCCAAGGACACCCCUCCAGCUGUAGCAAAAAAGCCUGAGGUACCUCCAAGGAGUCUGACUCGAAACACAGGGGUCGUCAGUGCUGAGGAUGCUCAAGUUAAGCAACCUGUUUCCAACUUCUUCAAAAACAGCCCCAGUGACAGUGAGGGAUCCCUCAAAAGACAGGCCAACCCUGUCUAUGAGAACACUGGCAGUUUAAAGAGGGGAGGAUCUGAUGGGAACCAGAAAAAGGGAAACCUUGAGGAGCUUCAGGAGCAACUCAGACGAUGUAUGAAAGAUUUGCAACAGGCCCAUGAUGAGUUAGCUGAAGAGCGUAUGGCCAGAGAGGGGGCAGAGACUCGUCUGCGCCUACAAGAAGAUCAGUUGGCUGAGCUUCAGGAGGACCUGAGGAGAGUUUCAGAAAACUCACCUCACUCAGAUUUGCUGCAGACGGAUGUGAUGACUCUGCAGGCAGACCUGGCAGAAGCUGCCAUGUUACGUCAGCGCCAGGACGACACACUACAUCAGCGGGAACGGGAGUUGACGGCCCUGAAGGGGGCGCUCAAGGAGGAGGUGGAGUGUCACGACAGAGAAAUGGAGGUGCUGAGGGAGCAGUACAGCAAAGACAUGGAGAACCUGAGAAGAACCAUGGCUCAGGUCACACAGUCCCAGGAGCAGAUCGAAGAGGAGCGGGAAAGGGUGAACGCCUCCAUAUUGACCUUGGAGGAAGCACUGGACAGCUGCAGAGAUCAGGGAGAACAGUGGAAGAUGCAACUGGACGAGACUGAGAAGGAGCUGGGCAGCACCAGAGAAGAGCUGCUGAAAUCUCAUCAGGAGAAGGAGGAAUUUGAGGGCGAGCUGAAGGAUCUAAAGGAUUCACUGCUCACCAUGAAGAAACAAAUGCCUGCGCCUGGUGAUAACAUUGGUUUGGCAGAGGAGCUCAAGCGUUGCCAUGACGAUCUGAAGCGGGCCCGCGCCGAUCUGGACAAACAAAAGAGCGAGUUAGACACGAAGAGCAAGGCACUUCAAGCCCUGAAGAAAGCGAGUAGAGAGCGGGAGGCCGAGCUUCUGUCGGAGAUCGGCAGUAUGAAGGAGCAGUCGCAGAAAGACAAGGCCGAGCUGGAAAAGACGCUCGAGAAGGCAAAAGAGUCAUCAGCUGCUUCUUCAGGGAGAACAGUGGUGGACAACAGUACCAACCUGGAGCUCCAGGAGACAAACGCUCGCCUCAGAGAGAGGCUGGCCCGCAUGACGAGGCUUCACUCCAGCAUGCCCUGGAGCGCAGAGACCGAGGAGGCAGUAGAAGCCCUGGAGGAUGAGAACCGCUCCCUGAAAUCUCAGCUGGAAGAGGCCAAGAGAGGAGCCACUCGACUGACAAAGGAGAGGGAUGACCUGACCCGACGCCUGGAGGAGAGGGACCUUGAGAGAGAGGCGCUACGGAGGGGCAAGAGCGACCUGGAGGAGCAGAAGAGGCUGCUGGACCGAGCUCUGGAGAAGAUUAACAAAGAGAUGGAGAUGAUGAUGGGGGAUUCCCGUCAGUCGGUGGCUACCCUGCAAACACAACUUGACGAGUACAGGGAGCGCUCGAGGAAGGACCUGCUGGAGGCUCAGCGAAACAACAAGGACAAGCUGGCCGAGCUGCAAAGAGUUCAGGGCAACCUCAAGGCCCAGCAGGAAGAGAUUUCUCGUCUAAAGAAGGAGCUACUGACGUGCAGCGAGGAGAGAGACAGCGCCCAGUUGGAGAGAGACCUUCUUAACAACCGUCUCAAACACUUGGAGAGUGAACUAGAAACAGAGAAGGGCACCCACACUGACCGUACCAGGGAGGUCAGGGGCCUGGAGGAUAAAAUAAAGGCACUAGAGAUCGAGCUGGAUGAGGAGAGGAGCAGCGUGGAACUUCUGAAUGACCGCAUCACGCGCAGCAGAGACCAGGUGGACCAGCUUCGUUCAGAACUGAUGCAGGAGCGUUCUGCGAGACACGACCUGGAGAUGGACAAGAGUGCACUAGAGAGACAGUUGAAGGAGCUGAAGUCACGUGUGGCAGACAUGGAGGGACAGACUCGUCCCUCAGCUGGGAUCACUCUGCUGGAAAACAAAAUUCAGGAAUUGGAGGAGAGGCUGCGCAGUGAAGAAAGAGAGAAGACCAGCAUCCAGGCCUCCCAGAGACGAACAGAGAGGAAACUGAAGGAGCUAAAUGCCACACUGGACCAGGAGAGGAAACAGCAUGUUGAGCAGAGGGAUCAGCUGUCUCUGCGUGUGAAGGCCUUAAAACGGCAGGUGGACGAGAGUGAGGGGGAGGUGGAGCGUCUGGAGGGGGUGCGUCGGAAGGUCCUGAGGGACUUGGAGGAGCAGCAGGAGCUCCAGGAGACACUGCAGGCCAAAGUCACAGCACUGGAGACUGAGCUAAAACGGAAAGUGCAGCAGACACAUCGUUCAGGUCUGAGCUCCUCUGCUUUGAGCUCUGAGGAUGAGGACGGUCUCUGUGACAGCAACAUCACCUCCAUCUUGAACGAGAGCCACCUGCAGACCACCAAUUGCUAGAGGAGGAUGAGGGCAAGCAGAAAAAAAAGGAGCUGCUUUGGUUUUUCAGUGUAAAAACUUUUGUCAGAGGAAGGUACUCAGGGCAUCUCGCUUGUGUGAAGAACUCAGUUGCCAUGCACUUCAAAUUUGCCUUGCAGUUGUUCUCAGUUUUAUUUUUAGUGCAACAGUCCAGCAGAGACAGGUUGUCAGGAUAAUUAGAUUGCAUCUUUGAGCCUUCAGCUGUGAUUAUGAUUGCUUUACUACUUUCAUGUUUUACCUGUGUUUUGCUUCUCUGCUAUGUUGAAGAAAAGAGAUACUGUUACACUCAGAAAUACAAGGUUUUACUUCCUGUACUUCAACUUAAAUCAUGUUUUCAAGACAUUUUUAUUAUGUGUUCAUUGUAUUGACUAUAUAUAAUACUAUGGUAGCAAAAGAUUCUGCUCUGAGCUCAUACGGUAGCGAGUUAUUUUUCAAGUGUAGCUCAUGUGAUGCCAGAAUUACAAAUUGAAACCACUUUUGAACCAAAAAACUAGCUUAUAUUUUGUAUUGUUCUGGUCUUUGUUGGUUUUAUCUGUUUGCUUGCGCAUGAUAAGUGACAUCUCUGUGUUGUGAGCAGCUCUAAGUGUUUCUUUGUGUAUUGAACGUGGUGAUUGCAUUUUGUUUGACUAUUUUUACCUUUUUGAAUGUGACAAUUAUGGGCCAUUUAAAACUGAGCCUACAUUUUUAAACGGUAUUAACUGUGCAUACCAGUUACUGGAGACAAUCAAUAUACGUAGCACUGUUUCCUCACCAAUUAAUCUUCUCCUUUAUACAUUUUUUACUUUAACCACCACAUUUCUUACUAUAAUUUAACAUAUUGCUUUUGUGUUUAGCUCAGUUUGUGUGCAUGUUUUCACUCAAAACCUUAAAAAUGAGCUGCAUCCUAAUUUUCGCUUAAUGUUGUCAUCGCAUAAGUUCUGUAUUUGUGCCUCGGCGGCUGUAAAAUAUAUGAAUGUUACUUCACAUGCUUGCCUGCGCUUGCAUCUAAUAUACAUUCCUAUGGGAAGAAUCAUUAGCUUAGAUUUGGAAGCGUUUCACAUUUCUUUUUGUUGCUCCUGGCUAUUAUGAAUGUUGAUUAUAUUCUCUCUAUGACAUUUUGAUGGUGUUAUUACAUUUGAAAUGUGUCACUUUUAAAGUACAAGCAGCAAUUUGAGGAUGUUUGAGGACAAUGAGGAGAAUUUUAAGAUAUGUUUAUGAAGCUGCUGGUAAAAUUUGUUAUGCGGUGUAGAGCUUUGUAAGCUUUCCCCAAACGUUUUUGACAGAUAUUUUAAGUACAUUUUGAAUUGAGUGUAUA